AAAAGGGAAGUCGAGAAAGAUGUUCUUCACCACUUGAUUAGAGUGCCUCAACUAUAGAGAUCGACUUCCAGAGAGAGAAUAGAAAAUGAAGGUUUACAUUGUUCUACUUGUUCUCAGCUUCAUUGCUGUUGCUUUAGCUGAUCGCCAAGAUUGCGAUAAAAGGCGAACAGAGGCAGAGAAGUCACAUGAUGCCUAUGUUCCUAAUUGCUAUCCAAAUGGCGACUAUAAACCAGAGCAGUGUAGGAAAGGCUCCGGCGGAAGAUUGUUCUGCUUCUGUGUGAACAAAGCAGGAGACGUUCAAGGUCCACCCACGGAAGGACACCGUGACUGCAAUUAGAUGUCU